ACCAUAGUUGGUACCUGUGCCAGCCACAGGUACCAAAAGUUUUGUUUUCUUGGGGAUCUAACCAGUGUCUUUUUAAGGUGCUUUGAAAAGGCUAUUGUCAUAUCUGUGCAGACUUGCUCCAGACAUAAAGACAGGUUUUGAGUUCUUUGACCCUUAGCCAAUGUCAAGGAUCCAGACAGUAGUUAGGAGAGAGUAAAAUGCUACAGUUAUAUUUUAAGCCUAGUUGUGCUCAGCUUGUUUUUUUAUUUUUAUUUUCAGCUACUUGGUUUGUAGACAGCCUCAAAUAUGUAUCUCAAUUAAGUACCAGAUGGAAAUCACUUUAUAUAUUGAUAGAGGACCAGUGGCUGCUUUUACCAAACACAAGUGCUGCCACAUUAUUCCAUUAUUCUGUCUGCAAGGGAUCAGCUUCUGUUAGUGAGAGUAAAACAUUAACACCUCAACAAAGUAAUGAAGAUGCUUUGAACAAAACAAGCGCAAAAGAAAUACAAGUCAUGGUCCUUUGAAAUUUCAAGCUUGAGUCGGCUCAAAACUGUUGCAUUGUCUGCAACUAGAAAAUGGGAAAUAUUUUGUUUUGCCUGACAUUUCCAGUAUCAGUCUGGGUUUUGACUACACACAGUUUUGGUAACACUUGAUUUUAAAUCACAUUGAUACUAAUUUUUAUGGCCCACCGCAGUGUCCUGUGCUACUGGUCACAAAGCUUUUCUCCAGCAAAGCAACAUUCAUAUACUGAGCUGCUGAGCCAGCAAGCUGCAGGCUUUAUACAGUAGGUUUGUCUGUUGUUCAUGCUGGGACAGAGCACAGUUGGGUGAAGCAGCUAAACGUAAAAGUAAAAGUAACGUAAAAGUAACAUAAGCUUAAAGCAAAACAACAAAAUAGGUUAUCUGUAGUGAUCUUUAAGAAAUGGACUUAAAGAAUUCUAAAUAUUUGACAAGACCUGGAACAAAUAUCACUCAGUGUCUCAAUGCAUUUAACACUAGGUUUAAAAACGGACACCUGUGCCCAGUGUCGUGUCUGUUUAAGAGGAGAUAAGAGACUUCUGAAGGCCUUUGAACCACAGAGCUUCAAUGACAGCAUCCAAUGAUGUUUUAUUUUGCACAUUGCAUUGUACGCAAUUGCUUUCCUUUUUUUCCUAGCAAUCAAUCAGGCCACUCCUCAUUUAAAUGGGUUUUCUUUGAGCCUGAAUGUGUGAUGUUCCACUUUAACACUCUGGUCUGAUGUUACAGGGUUUUGUUUUUCCGUGCCCUAACCUGUUGCUGCACCCUCCCACGCCCCGUGCAUUUGCAUGGCAACCUUUUACCAGGCCAGCUGUUGCUGCCCCUUUUUCUUCAUGGUGAAUUCUAAUCAUUACUUUCAAAGGAAAACGUCUCCAAAGCUCCUUUAGUGAGUGUUCCUACUGGCAAGAGACAAGCUGCUGUUCAGCAUCCACUCUGCUGCUGUUCUUUGCACUCAUCCUCUGACAGUCCUUCUAUUCGUAAGCUGCUUCACUAAGUUUGGAGAAAUUACAUAUAGAGAAAGAAGCUCAGCAACAACACCAUGAGGCUGAUUUUAGUGAAACCCACCAAUGCGACGCGUCGACUUGACUCAACAGGUGAAGUCUUCCAUGAUGGCGAGCGUGAGCAUUUCACCUCCGGAGGACCUUCCCCACUGACAAACACUCCUGAUGGGAAGCAAUACUCUGGAAGUUCAGUUGAUUCAGCUUCAUCCCCACAGCAGACAAGCCUUCAGCAUAUUUCAUCUGCACCUUACCAAAAAUCUAAUGGCUGCAGUCCUCCACAAGUUACAGCCCAGAUGUCGCCACUGGAAACCCAAAACCUGAGCUUUUCACAGCUGAGUGGUGAAGACUGGCUGCUGUUAUGUGGCCAGGUUAGCAACAUGGGGAAUGAUUCACCCUCAGUAGAGAGAGUAGAGCCCAAAGAAAAGCAUCCAAAGCAAAAUGACGGAUGCGGUUGCUCCUGUCCUGAUGCACUCCAGCAUUCAGAGGCUUCAACUCUUCAGCCACAAUCACAACAUGUUGCAGUCCAAGACUGCGUCUCCAGCGUUUCCAAUAAACGUCUUCUAUCAUCAUCAUCAUCAUACAGCAAGCCUUUCUUUCAAAACACCUGCCAAGUUUUACCACAGCAAAUAAACCAAAAGGAUCCACUGAAACCUGCAACAAACCACCCACAGGAUAAUUUCAUGCCUCAAUGCAGUCGCCAAAAAGGUCAAAGAGAGCAGUUGCAACAGCAGACUUGUAAUCAUUUUAAAGUCAAAGGCAGCAUCCAGGCAACCCAACCAAAUUUGUUCAACAUUCCUCUAAACUCAAAUGUCAAAUGUCCUGAAGUGCAGAAAACUCCACCUCAACCUGCGGUCAGUGUGAACUGGAGGCAGCUUUUUGGCAAGGAACCGCUUUUAGUUCAGCCGCGCCCAAAGCAAGACUCGCACUGCUCAAUAACAGAUGAUCACACCUGCAAGUCAUGUGGAGAUUCUUCCAUCAUCCUUAAGUGCUGUCACCUCCCUUACAACCCUCUGACCCACAGGUCAUCCACCCCCGCAGGCAGCAGAAGUGUCCAGUCGUUCUCAGCCAGUCAGUUCAAUUCACUAGAGAAUCAGGAUUUAACUGAGGAGAGAGGGAAACGCCAACAAAGCCAGGUGCAUGAUUGUGGAUUAAAAGUCCCUCCUCCCAGUCACACUCCGCAACCAUCGGACAUCUCUGAAAGCAGCGACAUAGUCAACGGUGAUGCGGUGCGACCGCUGAGCAGUUAUAGCACUGUCAGAUCCAGCCUCACGGAUAUCAAUUCAAGCCAGCAGCCUCUUCAGCUCCUUCACAGUGCAAUCCUCGAGGAUGCCUUCAGCAAAGUCCUCAGGGAAGACUCAAGCAAGGCCGACAGCGGUACCCUGAGCAGGGAGGAUGCCGGUGUACCACAGAAGAAGACCAGAGACAUUAGCUAUCGGCUGGGCCAGAGAAGAGCUCUGUUUGGGAAGCGCAAACAGCUGAGUGACUACGCCCUGAUCUGUGGGAUGCUUGGCAUUAUUGUCAUGGUGAUUGAGACGGAGCUGUCGAGGGGUUUUUACAGCAAGGACUCCCUCUAUUCAUAUGCGCUGAAGGGCCUGAUCAGCCUUUCAACAGCCAUUCUUCUUGGACUCAUUGUGUUGUACCAUGCGAGGGAAAUCCAGCUUUUCAUGGUGGACAACGGGGCAGAUGAUUGGAGGAUAGCUAUGACCUUUGAGCGAAUCUUCUUUGUUGCGUUGGAGCUUCUAGUCUGUGCCAUCCAUCCAAUCCCAGGCCGCUACGUGUUCACCUGGACGGCUCGACUGGCGUUCAGCUACACAGCAUCGAUAGCGGAUGCUGAUGUCGACAUCAUUCUUUCUGUGCCGAUGUUCCUGCGCCUGUACCUGAUUGGUCGGGUCAUGCUGCUCCACAGCAAGCUGUUUACAGACGCUUCCUCCAGAAGCAUUGGUGCACUUAACAAGAUCAAUUUUGACACUCGUUUUGUCAUGAAGACUCUGAUGACCAUCUGUCCAGGGACAGUCCUGCUGGUCUUCAGUGUGUCCUGUUGGAUUAUUGCAGCCUGGACAGUGCGCGUAUGUGAAAGGUAUCAUGACGCACAGGAGCUAACUAGUACCUUUCUUGGAGCAAUGUGGUUGAUCUCCAUCACCUUCCUAUCCAUCGGCUAUGGAGACAUGGUUCCUCACACUUAUUGCGGAAAAGGUGUUUGCCUGUUAACAGGAAUUAUGGGAGCAGGCUGUACAGCUUUGGUUGUUGCUGUUGUUGCAAGAAAAUCUGAACUCACCAGAGCCGAAAAGCACGUUCACAAUUUCAUGAUGGAUACACAACUCUACAAAAAGAUAAAAAACACAGCAGCCAAUGUGUUAAGGGAGACGUGGCUCAUAUACAAAAACACCAAGUUGGUCAAAAAGAUUGAAUAUGCCAAAGUUCGCCACCAUCAGCGUAAAUUUCUACAAGCUAUCCACCAACUACGAAAAGUCAAAAUGGAGCAAAGGAAACUAAUUGACCAAGCAAAUACAGUUGCUGAUUUGGCCAAGACUCAGAACAUGAUGUAUGAUCUGGUGGUGGAGCUGCAGCAUCGCAGCGAGGAACUGAAUAGGAGGAUUGUGGCUCUUGAAGAAAAACUGGACUCCAUUCUUCACAGUGUGCAAUCACUGCCUGUUGUGCUUUCUCAAGCAGUAACAAAGCUACAGAGGGAUUUCCUGGAUGAUCUGGCAUGUCGUGUCCACUUCCUGUCAUCUUCCCUGAGCUCUGAAUGCUGCUCGGCCCCUGUCAGGCAGCUCUGUCCAGGAUCCACUCCGCUAGGGACCUCAUACAACUUGUAGGCCUUUCACAGGGUGCUACACAUUCACACGGUUAAACACAUCUACGCCUGGCAGAUAAAGCUACAGUCCCAUGCUGAGCAUUUCAAAAGAGAGGGGAGGUGCUUUAAUUGGGUGAUACAGACGAGAGGAUUACUCCAUUCACUCUGCUCAUAGUUUGCCAGUGAGUUCAGGAAGAUCUACAGCUACACUACUCGUGACCAUGUUAAACUACACAAAUAAAACCAGAACAGUACUAUGAUAGAAUAAUGUGCCUGUGCUGCUUCACUUUUAAACAUUGUCAUCUGAUGUUAUUGACUUAUUUUAGAGCAAUUUAUUAUUAUUAGUCACUCUGUGAUUUUUUGAGAGAUGGUAUUUGCUUAGGUAGAUAAGCAAAACUUAGGUGCCUGUUCAAGAGAUUAUUUUAUGUGAUGUUUUGCUAUUAAUAUAGUUUCAUUUAAAGGUGUGCCUGUGCAUUUCAAAGUAAUAUAUUCAAUAUAAAUGAUUAAAUUGUCGUGUGCAAUUAAUAUUAUAUUAUAUUAUUAUUUUAGUUUUAUUAUAAUUUUCUUUGUUAUUAUUAUUGUGUGUCUUAAGUGUCUUAUUCAUUACACAAAAUUAAAUGUAUAUUUAUGUAAUUUAUGAAGCAAAUAUAUUGUAGACUCACUUUUUCAAGUCAUUAUUUUGGCAUGUUGUUUUAACUUAAGAGACAGUAUGGGAACAUUGUUUAAAUCUCUAUGUGGUUCCACAUCCAGGUUUACCAUUUGGGGUCUAUAGGUUUAAAGAACUUUAACGUAUUCUGACACCUGCUGAAACUAGAGACAUGCCAGGUCCCUAGUCAUCGCCAGUUAUGGCGCCUUGAAAUCUCG